AUGCUGUCAAUACGACCUACAAGAAGAUUCAUCAUCUUCAGGAUAAUAAUCCAAAUGACAGAGCCUUCUAAAGUCAUUCACGUUCGGAAUGUUGGUCACGAGAUUUCGGAGGCAACAAGCUUGCAAUGCAGGAUGCCACAAACUGGAAGUGGCUUUGCUCCCAACAUCCAGGAGAACAAAGAAGGCCUCGAGCUCUUGAAGACUGCAAUAGCAAAAGCUGGAUAUACUAGAAAACAUAAACUUUCAUAUUUUAAAAUAAAAAAUAUGUUGAUUGUUUCUGCAAAAAAAGAGAUUAAUUCCAAAUUACAUGUUGUUAUUGGAAUGGAUGUUGCUGCUACUAUGUUCUAUGAAGACAAGAGCAAAACCUAUGAUUUGAACAUUAAGGAAGAGAACAACGAUGGAUCAGAGAAGAUAUCAGGGGACAAUUUGAAGAACGUGUACAAGUCAUUUGUGGGUGACUACCCGAUUGUAUCAAUAGAGGAUCCUUUUGAUCAAGAUGAUUGGGUAGUUUAUGCAGAUGGGAGCAUAUGUUUGGACAUUCUUCAAAAUCAAUGGAGUCCAAUCUAUGAUGUUGCUGCCAUUCUUACAUCAAUUUAG